AUGUCGCCGGCGUCGGCUCGCUCGUCUGUCACAGGCCGCCGCGUGCAAAGCCUACAACCUGCGCGGAGGCUGGUCGAUGAGCACGAUGCCUACUCGUUCGCCCUACGCACAGCCUACCUCUCGCACCUCCUCCAGCCCAAAGCUCGUCGCAUCCAACAUGUCACUCAGCCUGUCAAGCCUGUCUCACGCUCGUCCACUUCCAUCACAGACUUGGUCAAAGACUUCUCCUCAAUCCGCGACUCCAAAAGCACCCGUCUGCCACAUGGCUUUACUGGUGAGCUUGACAAGCGCAUCACAGGCGUCCUUGUCGGUAAAGAGCGCAUGCCCGAGUUCAACGACCCUCUGGUCAAACGCACCUUUGCCACCUUCCUGAACGAAUUCAAGAAUCCUACCUUCCGCAAGUCUAUGGAAAAAGAUCGCCGUGUUGAAGACCUUCUCUUGAUCUUCUUCUCUAAAGCCACUUCGGAGCUGCAGAAAGGGAAAGGCCCAGAAGACGAUUCAUGGAAGCUCAUGGUCGACCGUCAUGUUGCUCUAUUCGUUCGUCUCAUCAGCUCCACAUUGAAGAAGGACGACUGGGCGCGCGAUCGUCCUGAGCUCACCUCUCGCUUGCAGACGCUUGAGAGCAAGCUGCUGGUACAUGCUCAGGAUCUGACUACUUCUUCUCAGCCCUCCGGCAGCACUACCAUCGAAGUUGAAAUCCCUCGCAGUUCGGAAGCCAAAGAUAUGCCGCUUGUCCUUCGCGUUGCAAACAUAUUCGGCAUCUCGUAUGAUCAAAUUCAAGCCGAUAUCGAUUCGCACAAGGCUGUGUGGACCGAACAGGCCGCCAUACAAGACCUGAAGCUGUACCAGAUGCACCUUAGUCUGAAUUCCAGCAGGACACUGAGCAGCCAAGACUUUCAACUCGAGGAUGCUUACGAAGCGUGGAAGAAAUCUGAGAUCCAGGACCUCUCACAGCUGAUGCUGGCCAUCAUCCAAUCAAACCCUGAGCUUGCGAAGAGCACAACCGGGCCAGCUGCGAUGAAACCUUCGCCUCUAACCUCAAGUGACGAUAUUGACACGUCUGUCUCAGUCGAUCAACCUUUUGAUUUGAGCUCACUGAGCCUGAACGGCUCACCACGCGAAUCGGUCAGCGAUGACACUGCUUUUACAUACAUUCCACCUGAGCCAAGGGCUUAUUAUCGUGCUGUACUCAGAAAGGCCUUGGAUAAUGACCUUUUUCAAGACGACGAGGCCGAGGGUGUAGAUGGACCAGAGAUACAACUACUAUCCAAGCAAUCCAUCGAUGUACUUAACGAGCUAGCGCUACGCUGGCGCAUCCCUCAGCCAUCUAGGAUGACCAUAUUCUUGGACGUCGUCAGAGAGAAGUUCGACCGGCAAGAGGUUACUUUGGACAUGCUUGAUGCUGCGUUCAUGUAUGUCAAGACGCCCGCAGCCGAGGUCAAAAAAGCAAAUCGUAUGAGUCAAAUGACACCCGCGGUUAUGUUCGAUGCAUCGAGGUGGACAGUUUCGGACUAUUCGCUACAGCAACAGUCUCUAUCCUCAAUCCACGAUGCGCUCCUUAGAGAACUUUUUGAGCUUCUGCAACAUUGUUACGAGCCCAAGCCCCCUUCAAUUGGCUCGGUGAUGUACAUACUUGAGACUCAUGUUUACGAUGAUCCUCUCUUUGCGAAGACCCCUGAAGAUCUGGACGAAUUCACAAUGGCUCUACAUGACGCGCUGAGACAAAAAGCGCGGGAAGCUUACAAUGGUAUGCUGUCGAAGCAUGUACCCGAGGAUGCAGAAUCUUGGGAGUUCUAUCAUGUCAUACAACUCGGUAAAGCAGUAGUUACGCUCGCCGACAAGAUUCAGAAACGCUAUCGCAAGAACCCUGAGAUUAUGGGUGUCAAUCCUUUGACGGCUCUGGUCGAAGAAAUCUUGCCUUCCUUUGCCGCAGAUGCCCGCGAUCUGGUGUCACGUAUAAUCGAGGUUGUUCGGGGUCGUGGUGAAGACGUUCCGGUCCAGGAUGGCUUCGACCUAUACAAAGAACUGGUGAGCAUCCGCAAGGUCCACUCACAAGCGCUUCCUAGUGUUCCGUUUGCAUUUCACAUUGAAGGUCUGUUAGCAGACUUUGUGUGGCGUUGGAUUGCCAUGACCGAUGCAAACAUGCUGGGAUGGGUCGAAGGAGCUGUCAAUCAAGAUGACUUCAGGGUCCAAACUUCUCAUCCUGACAAUGUUCCUACAGAUGAAGAGCGCCACAGUGUGUCUGCGGUGGACAUGUUCCGUUCUUUCAGCCAAACCAUCGAUCAGAUCAUCAAGCUCGAAUGGGACGAUGAUUUGCAAUAUGCCAAGUUCAUGACAGCCAUUUCUAAAUCUAUUGGUCUCGGCAUUGCUAGGUACUGUGAGCUUGUGGAACAAAAGUUUGUCAAGGAGAUGGACCGCAUGACUCCUGAACAGGAAGCAGCAUCUCGUCAGACACGGCAGGAAAAGUGGGUUCAGAUGGCCAAAGACACAUGGGCUAACAAGGAAAAGGUUGAACCUUUUCAAUUCUUGCCCGAAUCGCUCGUCAAGCUAAACAACAUCGAGUACACAACACUCCAACUGGACAAGCUAGAAAAGGAGAUCAACGUAGAUGCUUGUGCAGAAGUCAUUCAGAGACACGCACCUCCGAUCAAUCCAGUCAAGCUGCGUCAGUCCAACAAAUUCGUGUUCACCAUCAAGAUCAUCGAGGCCGAGGAUCUCAAGGCUUGUGACAUGAACGGGUUGAGCGAUCCAUACGUUGUACUUGGAGAUGAGUAUCAGAAGCGCCUGGCCAAAACUCGUAUUGUUUAUGGUAGCUUGAAUCCACGUUGGGAUGAAACAGUCGACAUCAGUACACAGGGGCCUUUGAAUAUCAUCGCCACAAUCUGGGACUGGGAUGCUCUGGGUGAUCAUGACUGCGUAGGCCGCACGUCAUUGAAGCUGGAUCCAUCACACUUCAGCGAUUACAUGCCACGAGAGUUCUGGCUUGAUCUCGAUACUCAAGGAAGAUUGUUACUACGUGUAAGCAUGGAAGGCGAAAGGGACGACAUCCAGUUUUAUUUCGGCAAAGCUUUCCGCACGCUGAAGCGAAGCGAACGUGACAUGACACGAAAGAUUACAGACAAGCUGUCCUCGUACAUCCAACAAGUCCUGUCACGCAGAGCUCUGCGUGGUCUUCUCAAUCAGGGAAUCUCAAUCAACACAGUCCGUGGGUAUUUCCAGAAAGCCAGACCUCAAUCCGUCGUGCAAGGACCUACCCCAGUCGAUAUCGCAAAUGCGCUCAAGCCUCUUUUCACCUACUUCGAUGAUAACUUUGCGAUAAUGAAACAGACGCUAACAGAUUCGGCAAUGGUAAUGGUCAUGACACGACUCUGGAAAGAAGUUCUUGUAACGAUCGAGUCGCUACUUGUGCCACCGCUUUCUGACAAGCCUUCGCAACAAAGACCGCUAACACAGCAGGAGUUGGACAUUGUUUUCAAGUGGUUACAGAUGCUGUUUGACUUUUUCCACGCCGUUGAUGAAGAGGAUGGCACGGCACACGGAGUGCCAUUGGACAUCCUCAAGUCGUCAAAAUAUCACGAUCUGCAGAAUUUGAAUUUCUUCUAUUUCGAAUCUACUGAGAAUCUGAUCAGGACGUCAGAGUCGAUGGCCAAGGCAACGGUAGCAAGACAGCAAGCAAGGCAGACACGAGAGCUCAAUCGGAUGUCGGCACCUGCAACACUCGCCCAACACUCGUUCAGCGGGGCGGCGAGCUUGGUGGGAGUGCCUAGUACACGGCGAAGCAAGAGCAUCAUGCUUAGUCGCAACCUUGGCACAAUGAAGAAGGCGAAGGAGGAAAAGCGCAAAGAGGCUCAGGCGGAGCCGAGCGACGACAUGAUAUUGAGGAUCUUGCGCAUGCGACCUGAGGCAGAAAGAUACCUGAAAGAUCGCAGUAGGCAAAAGGAAAGAUUGGCAGCGCAUGCGGCAGCAGAGCUGAUCGUGCGGCAAAGUCUUAUGGCGCAGAGAAGUAUGGCGCGUGGACGAUAG